AUGCUUGAACUCAGAAUUGACGACAUAGCGAACUUUGUACCGGUUGCCGAAUCAGUUACGAGGAUCAAGUUUGCGGGGACUUUCUUUAAAAGCUUCAGAAUUCAUUGGAUUUUCAGGUCAUUUCCCAACCUCAAGGAAGCCCACCUCUGCUGCCUCCGGGGCGCGUUUACCUUGGGCUCAUGGUUUUUCGCGGCCCAUCUCGUUGCAAACUUGCGCUCCCGCGAAGACAUUCGGCUACUCAACAUGAAGACCGGUCGGUGGUACACUGCCCGUGAGAUUGACGAGAUCUAUGAUCGGAGGAUUCGGGAGGCCCGGGAGAGGCGAGCUGGCACAGAUGGCGCAAACAACGGGGUCCAGGAAGGGGACGACGACUCUGGUGCUUUCCACCUCGAUCCAAGAGUCAUUGAAAAACUUUGGGAGAUUAGUCCGCGGUACAGGGAGGAGUCAGCUCAUGCAUAG